AUGCCCAAGUUCGCUAUCCUCGACGACUACCAGGGCAUCGCACCCGCCCACUUCGCCCACCUCCAAUCGCGCAUCGAGAUCGUCAGUUUCCCCAAGACACUCGACCCGCGCGACCCUGUCCAGCAUGCUGAGCUGAUCAAACGUCUAUCAUCAUUUGACGCCGUCCUGGCCAUGCGCGAACGCACCCCGAUUUCUGCCAAGACCAUCGCUGCCCUCCCCAACCUCAAACUCCUCCUCACAACCGGCACGCGCAACCUUUCCCUCGAUCUCCAAGCCUGUGCCGACCGUGGUAUUCCAGUCGCUGGAACUGAAGGACGACCUCCCGGUGUCAACUCAACUGUCCAACAUACCUGGGCCUUGAUCCUUGGCCUAGCCCGUCAUGUCGCGCGGGACGAUGCCUCUGUCAAGGCGGGCUCCUGGCAAGGCUCCUUGGGCGUGAAUCUUUCUGGCAAAAAUCUUGCUCUACUCGGACUGGGCAAGCUGGGCUCACAGGUCGGCAAGAUUGCCAUUCAGGCAUUCGGCAUGAAAGUCCUCGCCUGGUCGACCAAUUUGACUCAAGAAAAGGCCGAUGAGCAAGCCGAGGCCCAGGGUCUUCCCGCCGGCAGCUUUGAGGUGGCCACUUCCAAGACGGACUUCUUCGCUCGCGCCGAUGUAGUGAGUCUGCACAAUGUCCUCUCGGAGCGUAGCCGGGGAAUUGUCAGUGGUCCAGAGCUAGCUACCAUGCGACCUUCCGCGAUGAUCGUCAAUACAUCUCGCGCACUCCUACAAGCCCUGAAUGCCGGCUCAAUUUGGGGAGCUGCGCUGGAUGUCUUUGACCCGGAGCCACUCCCUCUUGACAGUCCAUGGAGAACGACUCAGUGGGGUCGCGAUGGACGCAGUGAGGUACUACUGAGUCCGCACAUGGGAUACGGCGAGGAAGAGCUGAUCAACGGCUGGUACCGUGAGGUAGCAGAGAAUCUUGAGCGUUGGUUAGAUGGCAAGGAACUUUUGAAGAAGAUGAAUUGA